UUUUAAGAAACGUUCGCCUCCCGCCGAGAGCAUGAAUAUUCAUAGGGAUAAAAAUAGCCCCAUGUGACAGACGACAACAUUGCGAUCGAAGCUGUCAACCAAGAAGGAAUGUCUGCGGUGGGAAUUGGCGACGACGAUGAUUUGGGGGAGUCGGACUUCGAGUCGGACAUACCAGUCGAUUCUCUCGAUUCCGACUCCGAGUCCGACUCCCAGGAAGAGAUAAGCGAUAAUGAGGAAAACACGGAGACUGAAGAAGAGGCAGGGGCCAAACCAAUGGUCCGUGGCCCCUGGCUGCCCGUGCUGGACACGGACAGCUUUGACCUCGGCAACAGUAUUGACUUUGCCGAGGAGUGCGGCCCUGUCAACCCUCCAGAUUACCAUGCCCCUCCUAUAUGCUAUUUCAACCAGCAACUCAGAGGAGGGGAUGGAGGUGUUGAUUUGUUCGACCUGCUGGUCAGGGAGACAAACAGGUAUGCUGAGCAGUACCUGCAGGGCCGCACGCUAUCACCGCAGAGCAGGGCUCGGGCGUGGAGACCCGUUGACCGGGAAGAAAUGCGGGCAUUUCUUGGACUCUUGUUGGCCAUGGGUGUCGUCAGGAAGCCAACCAUCGCUUCCUACUGGAAUGAGGGGGACAAGAACUGGCUGGCAUCAACACCUUCCUUCGGGGGGAUCAUGCCGAGGAAUCGCUUCCAAGUCAUCAUGCGGUUCCUCCACUGCAACGACAACUCUGUUGCAGUGCCCCGAGGGCAGCCAGAUCAUGACCCCCUCCACAAGAUCAGGCCGGUUCUUGAUCUUGUGAAUGGAUCAUUCGCAAACUCUCAUGGGCUGGCCCAGAGUGUUUGCGUUGAUGAAAGGAUGGUUGGCUUCAAAGGGCGACAUCACCUUGUACAAUACAUGGCCAACAAGAAAGCACACAGAUGGGGGGUGAAGUUGUGGAUCCUUGCCGAGGCGGGUACUGGCUACACCCAUCAAGUUCGUAUCUACAAGGGCCGGAACCUUGGAGGACCACCGCCCAAGGAAGGUCUUGGGCAUAGUGUGGUCAUGGACUUGAUGGAACCGCAUCUCGACAAGGGCCACCACAUCAUCUGCGACAACUACUUCAGCAGUCCGUCUCUCUGCCAUGCUCUAUUUGACAGGGGGACAUUCUGCACAGGAGUUGUCGCCGUCCGGAGGAAGGGAAUGCCGAGCUCUUUCGUUGGGAAAAGACCACCUAGGGGCUCGACAAUUGUGAGAAGACAGGGUCCACUGCUGGCAGUGCUCUUUUCAGACAGGAAGGUCUUCACAAUCCUUUCUACCAUGGGUAGUCCAAGAAUGGAGGAUGGGCUUAACUCACGGGGCCGGUCUGUCACUCUCCCCUCAGUCGUUAGACUGUACAACACCCUAAUGGGGGGAGUUGACCUUGGGGAUCAACUCAUUGGUGUCUAUGAUCCCCAAGUCCGCUCCGUGAAGCUGUGGAAGAAAGUUUUAAUCAACUUUCUUCUCACAGCAUCAGUUAAUGCCUAUCAGACAUUCUUGAACACCCAUGGUAGAACGACCUCCCGUCUGGACUUCCACAUGUCCCUUCUCCACUCACUCGUCGGGAACACUCAGGUGAAGAGGAGGACUGGCAGGCCCAGGACCCAGCCUCCUUCCCGACGACUGACUGGACGUCACUUCAUAGAAGUGCUGCCUGAAGGGAAGAGGAAACAGUGUGUUCUCUGCAGAAAGAGACAGAGGGCCAUCGAUGGCUCUGCAGGAAAGGUCAGGACCUGGUGUCCUGACUGCCACGUUGGCCUCUGUGCACGCUGUUUCCGUCAGUAUCACACAGCUGAUCACAUUGAAGAGUGAAAGGCUGUGUGUACUGGCAUAUGAUGGAACAUGACUCAUGUUCCAUCAUAUCAACCCUUCAAGCAGUUUCCCCAUCUGUGUGCUUCAUUGUAAAUAACUAGUGAGUGAGUAGGACUUACGCCGCACUUGCAAUAUUCCAGCAACAUCGCAGCGAAUCUUUGUAAAUAGAUGAUAAAUAUAUUGUAUAUAUGUACUUAUUGUAAAUAUUUCAUGUGUGUGUAUAUAUAUUAAAGGAUGUUUUUGUGAGAGAGUAUGACCUAACGCCGUAUUUGCAAUAUAACAGCAACAUCAUGGCGAUUUUAUUGUAAAUAGAUCAUUGUCUAUUGUAUAUGAUUAUGUACUUAUUGUAAAGAAGUGAGUUUGUUUUAUGCCUCUUUUAGCAAUAUUCCCGCAAAAAUAUGGCAGUUUAAUGUACUUAUGUUCAUAUUAUGUUCUCUAUUUAUUGUACAUGUAAUUAUUGUGUGUAUCAUGUGUAUGUAAGGAUCUGUUUAUGAGUAGGACUUCCCACUGCAUCUGCAAUAUUCCAGCAACAUUGCAGCGAAUCUUUGUAAAUAGAUGAUAAAUAUAUUGUAUAUAUGUACUUAUUGUAAAUAUUUCAUAUGUGUGUAUAUAUAUUAAAGGAUGUUUUUGUGAGAGAGUAUGACCUAACGCCGUAUUUGCAAUAUAACAGCAACAUCAUGGCGAUUUUAUUGUAAAUAGAUCAUUGUCUAUUGUAUAUGAUUAUGUACUUAUUGUAAAGAAGUGAGUUUGUUUUAUGCCUCUUUUAGCAAUAUUCCCGCAAAAAUAUGGCAGUUUAAUGUACUUAUGUUCAUAUUAUGUUCUCUAUUUAUUGUACAUGUAAUUAUUGUGUGUAUGUAAGGAUCUGUUUGUGAGUAGGACUUCCCACUGCAUCUGCAAUAUUCCAGCAACAUCGCAGCGAAUCUUUGUAAAUAGAUUGUAUAUAUUGUAUAUUGGUACUUACUGUAAAUACUCUAUUUGUAUAUUUCAGGAUAUAUCUGUGAGAGUAUGACUCCAUGCUGUAUUUGCAAUAUAGCAGCAACAUCACAGCGAUUAAUUGUAAAUAGAUUAAAUUCUAUUAAUGAUAUAUAUUAUAUAUAUUUACUGUAAAUAGAAAAUGGAUUUGUGUAUAUAUAUAAAAGGACAUGUUGGUGCGUGAGUAUGAUUCAACGCCACAUUUACAAUAUUCCAGUUAAUUCGUGGCGAUUCAUUGUAUAUGGAUUAUUGAUCUUUUGUUCACAAUUAUGUACUUCAUGUAAAUAGAGUGAGUAUGAUUCAUGCCGCUUUCAGCAGUAUUCCAGCUAAGAUGCGGCCUUUUUUUAAAACUUUAUUGUACAAAGUUUAUAUAUUAUUCACAUGUAAAUACUGUCAAUAAAUAUGUAUAGAUUGAGA